AUGGGAAGCUCCAACUGGUCCUCGUCAUGCGCUGUGGGUCUCGCGUUCCUCCAACCAGAUAUUGAAUCUCUAUUCCUUCAAAUCUCCUCUCUCCCCGGUCCUCCAUACCCUGGAUUUGGGCUCCGUUGGGAACGAGACGAUGACGCCUCCGCAUACGCGCCAUUUCAGCCCGCCUACGAUCGCAAUUUUACAUUAAAAACCGAAGACUUCAAUCGUCUGCAAUACUCUGCGCUAAAUUCGGGGUUGUUAGAAUUGGACUGUCCGGACUGUCCGCUGGGGCAGUCCACCGUCAAUUUUGUCAUGGAGGGUCGUCAACAAGCUACGCUGGGUGUUUCGAUCACCUUUUUCUCGAUCGCCACUAUUUUUGUCGCCCUUCGGUUCAUUUCUCGAAUAUUUAUGGUCAGGAAGAUUGCGUUACACGACUGGUUGAUGUUGGUUGCAUGGAUAAUCGAUUUUGGCUUUUCCUUCUCCCUAUUCUUUGCUGUCCGGAAUGGUCUUGGCCUCCAUUCAAGUGACAUCAAGCCUGAAGAUCAACUUGCUUUUAAUAAGGCUAAUUAUGCAUUCACGGUCCUUUAUAACCCGGCGUUAAUGGCCGUCAAGACCUCGAUCCUUGUCUUCUUCCUAACCUUGACGCGCAAUCAGAAGGUUUUCCAGUGUGCAAAUUAUGUCACUCUGUUUAUAGUAAACGCAGCGGGCUUGGCAUUAACAUUGGUCAAUGUUUUCCAAUGUCGACCCAUCGGCGCGGUAUUCCUUUCCGACGUCCCAGCCUAUGCGAAUUGCACCGAUAUUGUCACCCUGUACCUCUCCUCGUCCCCGGUGAAUAUUAUUACGGAUCUCGCUAUUCUGUUGCUUCCGAUGCCGCUUUUGACAAAAAUGCGCCUACCUUUCAAGCAAAAGAUCAUUUUGGUGAUCACUUUCUCCUUUGGUUUCUUUGUCGCCGUGGUCGAUGUGAUCCGAAUUGCCUUUCUUCAACAGGCUGCCAUCUCUCGUUCGCUGGAAGUCAAGUCAAUUCAUAUUCAAAACAUCGGAGGGGUAGAUUUCAGUUCUGACAGCGCGGAUUUCGCAGGGUACGCGUCGCUAUCUUUCAUGUGGUCUGUCGUCGAAGUCAACGUGUCGAUCAUUUGCGGUUGUGUUCCGAGUCUCAAACCUCUCGUCACUCGUCUUGUUCCGAAAUUGAUUAGAGAUACAAAUGAUGAGACAUCAACUUCUUCGCCUCAUGGACUCUCUGCGGGCGCAGUGGGGGAGAGUCAGGUCGCAGUGCCGCCUCCGGCUGCAGCCCCUGGUUCGCCAGAAUCUCCGUCGCUACUGCCAUUGCCACCGAGCAACGAAGGAAGCAAGGAUCUACAGAACCAAAUUGAUGGAAUUUCUGCUGGUCGACCUAGCUCCCGGGACUCGGAGCCCAUAGGUAUAUUGGAUUUCCUAGGUCACCCAGAAACAGCACCCCUUGAUACAGAGGGAGGAACCCAUACGAGCGCAUCUUAUGCACCGGAUAUCACGUUUUUCGAUUUUGUCAACAUGAAGAACCCGGAAAGUAUGCUGAAGCUAAACAACAGAGAGUCGAUUGCGCCAAUUGCAUUGACCACGCUACUAUUUUUCCUUUGGGGUUUCGCAUACGGCUUGCUUGAUAUUCUGAAUUCCCAGUUCAAGAGCAUCGUCAAUUUAGGUCCGUGGCAUUCCUUGGGUCUUCAUGGCGCCUACUUCGGCGGAUACGUAUUUGGCCCUCUGCUGGUUGGCCAACCCGUCUUGAAAAUAUGGGGCUUCAAGUCCACGUUCAUAACUGGUCUUUGCAUCUAUGCCUGUGGAACCCUCAUAUUUUGGCCUUCUGCUGUUUUAACGUCGACACCUGCGUUUAUUUUGUCAAAUUUCAUCGUCGGGUUUGGUCUAGCAGUUUUGGAAACUGCGGCAAAUCCGUUCAUUGCACUAUGUGGACCACUUGAGAAUUCCGAAAUCAGACUCAAUAUUUCACAGGGUGUUCAAGCUGUGGGAAGCGUCUUGUCGCCGCUCCUGGCGAAACGGGUUCUCUUCAAGGAUGUUCGGGAUGUCGCAUCUUUGGUUGACGUACAAUGGGCAUAUCUUGGGAUCGCUUUAUUCGAUGUGCUAUUGGCAGUGGCGUUCUAUUAUCUACCAAUCCCCGAAGCUUCGGAUGAAGAUUUGGAAGAACUAGCAAAUCGACGCCGAGAAGACAAUAUGACCAAAGUGAUUGGCAUUCCGGUCGUUUGGCUGACUCUCGGCCUGGGAAUUUGGUCUCAGUUCUUCUACGUGGCUGGACAAGAAGUACUCUCAACAGCUCUUCAACGUUUUGUUAUAGCCGCUCGUCCAGAUUCAUCACUCGGGCCAUUCGAUUUCUUGACUAUCGGACACAGCGUUUUCGCUGUGGGUCGCUUCCUGGCCGCGUUUUCGCAGUGGUUCCUCAAACCACGCUGGAUUCUGAUGGUCAGCUACAUCGGUAUGAUCGUCUGCUCUAUUCUUUGCAUGAAAACAAGCGGUACAGCAGCAAUAGUCAUGGUAAUGCUACUCUAUCUCUUCGAGAGCGGCGCAUUCAGCAUUAUCUUCGCCAUUUCCCUUCGCGGCACAGCUCAACAUACGAAAACAGCCGCUGUCUUGCUGACAAUGGCCGUCAGCGGCGGUACCUUUUUCCCGUUUGCCGAGUACGCGGCAUACCUCGCACACGGCGCGUCAUAUUCCUUCUGCGUUCUAGUCGCGGUCUUCUGUGCCGGUGCCAUCUUCCCGAUCUACCUCAACCUCGUACCCGCCGUGAAAAAGCAAGUUGACCCUGUUCCAAACGAGUAUCUCCGCCGGCAUCGCCGCCGAACUCGGAACCCGGUCGAAACCAUGCACCGCGAAAAGGAUAAUCCUGCUCUCGGUGGUGUGCUUUCACGUCCGCGCAGUCUGGCAUCGAAUCCAGACCACUUACCGGAUCUUCUACUCCCAGAGGAGAUUCACCAAAAUUCCCUUGCUCAUAAUCUUCCAAGGGCUAAAUCUAGCUCUGGCUCUAGCUCGCGUGUCAAUUCGACUUCCUCUCACCAUUCUGGCUCGAAGCAACGGUUCACCGCUAGAAUCGAUGAUUCAUGA